UAAGCUGAAGUCCUAGCUUUGAAGCAUGGACUUCACUGCCACACUCUUCUUUUUUGCUCUUCUUGUCUCAAACACCAAGGCUUUUGAUCCUUGUGCCUCUCCGCCAGAUAACUCAGACCUCUCGGUCAUUCCAAUCUAUGGCAAAUGUUCACCAUUCAACCCACCAAAACCUGACUCUUGGGUCAACACUGUCAUUAACAUGGCCUCAAAAGACCCAGCAAGAGUGAAGUACUUGUCUAGCCUGGUGGCACAAAAGACCACAGCUGUUCCAAUUGCUUCAGGCCAACAAGUUCUAAACAUUGGCAACUAUGUUGCAAGGGUCAGGCUUGGCACUCCUGGUCAGCUCAUGUUCAUGGUACUUGAUACUAGUAAUGAUGUUGCUUGGGUCCCAUGCUCUGGAUGCACCGGCUGCUCAGCUACCACUUUCUCACCCAAUACUUCUUCAAGUUAUGGGUCGUUGGAUUGCUCAUUGCCUCAAUGUGCCCAGGUCCGUGGACUAUCGUGCCCGGCUACUGGGACUGCUACUUGCUCUUUUAACCAGUCCUACGGUGGAGAUUCAUCCUUCUCCGCCAACUUGGUACAAGAUUCCUUAAUGUUAGCCAAUGACAUUAUCCCAAACUUUGCUUUUGGAUGUAUUAACACUAUCUCUGGUGGGUCAGUCCCACCCCAGGGGCUAUUGGGUUUGGGGCGGGGCCCCAUGUCACUGAUUUCACAAUCAGGGUCACUCUACUCAAGUGUUUUCUCAUAUUGUCUGCCCAGUUUCAAGUCCUAUUACUUUUCGGGCUCCCUCAAACUUGGGCCAGUGGGUCAGCCCAAGAAUAUUCGGACCACCCCGCUCCUAAAAAACCCACGCCGGCCCUCACUUUACUACGUUAACCUAACCGGGGUCAGUGUAGGCCAGGUUCGGGUCCCCAUCACCCCGGAAUUGCUAGCAUUUAACCCGAAUACCGGGGCGGGGACUAUAAUUGAUUCGGGUACAGUUGUAACCCGAUUUGUCCCACCCCUUUAUGAGGCAAUCCGAGAUGAGUUUGUGAAGCACGUGAAAGGCCCAUUUUCCGGCAUAGGAGUUUUUGAGACUUGCUUCGACGCUACAGGAGAAGCAGAGGCACCUCUAAUAACAUUACAUUUUGAAGGCUUGUCCAUGACAUUGCCAAUGGAAAACAGCUUCUUACAUACUAGUGCAGGGUCACGUGCUUGCUUGGCCAUAGCACCAGUUCCAAACAAUGUGAACGCUGCCAUGAAUGUAAUAGCCAAUUUGCAGCAGCAGAAUCACAGGAUUCUCUUUGAUGUCGCGAAUUCUCGCUUGGGAAUUGCUCGUGAAGCUUGUAACUAGUUUUAUCAUUGCUCUUUCUCUGGCAUCCUGUGGUUUAGGCUAAGUUUCUGUCUUUAUUCAACGAAAAAUAGAUGUAGUUAAUAAACUGGCCAUAAAAUCCUGUCGUUUUGGUGAUUAUAUAUGUAAUGUUUUAAGUUUUUAAUUGUGAAAAGAAAUGGAAGCAGUUUGAGUAUGGUUACACUU